AAUUUAGAAAACAUCUGUAACUUCAAACAUGGAAGUAUUUUGAUCCAACGAAUACUAGGAAUUGCAUAAACGACAUCGUUUACUUGGUCUUACCUUUUGAUUUUGAUUCUUCAUCUCUCUGCGCCGCGUUCUCUCUGUGAAGCUCACGCCCUUUCGGUUUUUUCAUAUUACAUCAACUGCGUUUUUUGCAUCCUCAGGGUUUAACAUAGUUGGGUAGGAAUUACAUGGUUUCAGUUGGUUCCAAAUCAUUGCCAUCUAGGAGACACAGGACUAUUGAGGAAGAUAGCUUGAUGGGUGAACGGGGAAAGUCUAGCAAUGAUCACAGUGAAAGGAAAAAAAGAAUGUCUAGGAAGGACCAGAGAGGUAGCCGUGGAUUUGAUGGAGAUAGUAACAAGAGGAACCAAUCUGGUGGUGCCCCUAGUGUAAAGCCGGUAUCAAAGAAACAAUCCGAGUUUGAACAUCAGAAUCAGUUUGUCCGGAAAGAGAUUGAUCCAGAGACUUCAAAGUAUUUCUCUGAGAUUGCCAAUCUCUUUGAUAGUAACGAAGUUGAAUUAGAGGAACGUUCAGUGAUAUGCGGAAAUGCACUUGAGGAAACAAGAGGGAGGGAAUAUGAAAUCGCAACUGACUAUAUCAUAAGUCAUGUCUUGCAAACUCUACUUGAAGGAUGUGAACUUGACCAACUUUGCAGUUUUAUUCGGAAUUCUGCUACGGUGUUCCCAGCCAUUGCAAUGGAUAGAUCUGGUUCUCAUGUUGCAGAGUCGGCUCUCAAAGCCUUGGCCACACAUCUGGAAAAUCCAGAUGCCUACUCUGUUAUUGAAGAGGCUUUGAAUUCUAUAUGCAAGGUGAUUGUGGAUAAUCCUCUUGAUAUGUUGUGCAACUGCUAUGGUUCUCAUGUUCUUCGAAGGCUUCUUUGUCUUUGCAAAGGUGUCUCUAUAGAUUCCCCUGAGCUUUAUGGUGCAAAAUCAUCAAAAGCUCUGGCAAAACGUUUGAAUCUGAAGAUGUCUCAGUUAGAUGAGAAUAAUGUAGAAAUCCCUCAUCAAGGGUUUCCAGAUCUUCUCAAGUACCUUUUAUCUGGGAUAUUAAAUUGUAGCAGAGAGGACAUGAAGUAUCUACAAGUCGAUCAGUAUAGCAGUCUGGUCUUACAGACGGCUCUCAGACUAAUGCUAAAACAAGAUGAGGAGUUGCUUGAAAUCAUUCCGCUUAUUCUGUGCUGCAACUCUACUAAUAAAAAAGAAGAAGGGCUUCAUAUAGAGACUAGUGUUGCCAAAGAAAUUUUAAAUUCAAUGAAGGAUAAUUCAUUCAGUCAUCUGAUGGAGGUGAUUUUGGAAGUGGCCCCUGAAAGUUUGUAUAACGAAAUAUUCCACAAAGUUUUCAAGAAUUCUUUAUUUGAGCUUUCAGUUGAUCGGUGUGCAAAUUUUGUUAUUCAAGCUUUAAUCUCCCAUGCAAAAGACCAAGAGCAGAUGGGUUUGAUAUGGGAAGAAUUAGCUCCAAGAUUCAAGGAUCUUCUUGAGCAAGGGAAGUCUGGUGUUGUGGCUUCUUUGAUAGCGGUUAGCCAAAGGCUUCAAAGUCAUGAACAUAAGUGUUGUGAGGCCCUUGUUGGUGCAGUAUGCUCGACAAAUGAAACCCGUAUCUCCAUUGUUCCACGGUUGCUGUUUCUUGAUAGCUACUUUGGUUACCAAGAUAAGUCUACAUGGGAGUGGGCACCUGGUGCAAAGAUGCAUGUCAUGGGUUGUUUGAUCCUUCAGGGGAUUUUCAAGUUGUCUAGCGAUCAUAUACAGCCAUACAUAACAAGCUUAACUUCUAUGAAAGCUGAGUAUAUCAUCGAAACAGCAAAAGAUUCCAGCGGAGCACGUGUCAUCGAGGCCUUUCUUGCCUCAAAUGCUGCUACAAAACAGAAACGCAGACUAAUAAUAAAGUUACGUGGACACUUUGGCGAGCUCUCAUUACACACAUCUGGUUCAUUUACUGUUGAGAAGUGUUUCGAUGCAUGUAACUUGACACUAAGGGAAGCCAUAGCAACUGAACUGUUAGAUGUGAAAGUUGAUCUCUCCAAAACAAAACAAGGGCCUUAUCUGCUUAGGAAACUUGAUAUCGAUGGUUAUGCCAGCAGACCUGAUCAGUGGAAAUCAAGACAAGAAGCCAAGCAAUCGACAUAUAACGAAUUUUGUUCUGCAUUUGGGUCCAACAAAUCAAAUUUUCCAAAGAACACCUUUGUUUCUGACGCAUCUGAGGAUGCAUCUCAGGAAUUAGAAGUAAAGAACGUAAGGAAAGAGAUUAACCAUCAUCCUACUUCCGGGUUUAAGCGUCACCGAGAAGAACAUGCAAGGGAUAAGGAUGAACCUUUUGCAGGUGAAAAAAGGACGAAACAGAGAAAGAAUAAAACUAGUGAAGCAACAGAUAAACCAAAACUAGCUGGCAGCAAAAGACCUUUCCUUUCCGGUGAGAUGAAGAAUCGGCAUGCAAAUAAAUUGAGAAUUUGAAGGGCUGGAGCCAGUCCUUGGGAUUCUUCGGAAGCUAUCUUUUUCACCUCUUAGAGACACUCCCUUUGUCUCCUUGUUUAUCUGCAAAUCUCUCACAUCUUUACUAGAAGUGAAAUCCAUGGAAGUUGGCGCCAUCUGACGACCCUGUACGUUAUUCAUGUUGCUAAACAAAGCUAGAAGUAACAUAAUCAGAGCUGCUGAGGUUGUUGCCGAUGAUCUCUUCAUUGUGAAUUUUCUUGAUCUGUUCUUUAUCUUGGUGCUGUAGGUUGUUAUGUUCCUGACACUGCAAUAGAGAAAUUUUUUUGGUAGCGAGCUAUGUCUGAGUGAAAGAGAAAGGAAUAUGGAUUGAAAGUCUUGUUUCUUUUGUAGAUUAUAUUACAGUCCCAAGAGACUUAUUGGGAUCUAAGCACGUGAUCUAGUUUGACUGGUGUGCCAAUA